GCAGAAGAGUGGUGCGAGCAGGCAGCAGUCGUUAAAACAAGCGGAGUGCGAGGACGAUUCAGAGCGCUCCGACCUACCUGUAUGUAAAGUGUUCGAUCAUUAUGGGAAGACGUCAAGCAAAUUGCAUACCCGGUUUGGCAACAGACAGGAUUGGCACACGAGGUAACGACUGGGCUGCGAACACGGUUCCACAGGAUGCCACUUAACACCUCUGAACGUGGGCAGAAAGAUUGACGCGAGGAUUAAAAAAGAGCAAAUGAAACAUGGAGUUAGGCAACUUUUGCGAAUACAUAACUAGCAGUUGUUUGAAGACGCGCGUGGCUGGAUUCAAGAACGAUUGCGAUUGUUAAAUGGAUUUAAAUUGAGUUGGCUGUGCACCGUUACGCUUGGCCGUCGAGGUAUGGGUGUAUUUCUGCUAUGCCUCCUUCUACAAACGGGACUUGCCAGCGGGUCGAAUUACGGCUAUGUGGAAUGGUCGGACAACGAUAAGGACCCUGAAAUCAGGGCGAAAUAUGAUGUUUACAGCACUCCCGAUGACACCGAGCUGCUGUUCCACCCGACACUGCCUAGCAAUCCCUCCACCGAGCGCACAGUGGUGGCGCAUAAAAUCGAAGAGGACCUGCCACGGGUGGUCACGGCUUUCUUGCACACGGGAGAUUCUUCGACCCUCGAACAUGUCAACUGUUCGCGGCGUUAUGAGCUAAGCAGCCUCCGCGGUGGCGUUCACGUCGCCUCGCAUUACUCCCUUCACGCCGUGCUCGACACAGUGGCACACGCGGCGAACUUUUUAAACGUCUUUCUGCAAACGGACAAGACGCGGGAGCAAAGCCUGCAGCGAGAUAUCCCGUGGUACUACGCGCUAGUACGGAGCAUGCUGGAGGGGGACCCUAAAAUCCACCGCGCAGUAGUUACAUUUUAUACGGAGUCUACGACGCCUGGCCCACAGGUAUUCCUCCAAGCAGCCAGAACCAACAAGGACAUCGUACUCCAAGACCUUUCUGCCAUCGCUUCCCAUCGCCUUAAAAACAGGACGCCAGAGUCAGAGUGGUUCAAUGAGUUUAGGGACCGCAAAAGACACAACUUGAUCAAAAGCGCACCGGUACGCGGCUUUGAGAACUCACAAGACAGAUACUUUAUUGAUAAAAGUCACAUAAAGUGGUCGGCACCUUACCUUGAGUGCCACCAUGGGAGUUUCGUUCCGCACUGGCUAUUAACACUGUCCACGGGUUUUUACGGUUUAAGGACGAACGCAGCGCCAGAGUUCAGGGGAGUAGUGAGAGUCGAUGUGAAUCUGCAAGAUGUGGACAUUGACCAGUGCUCCAGCAACGGCUGGUUUUCAGGCACCCAUCGCUGCAACCUGACCACCAUGGAGUGCAAACCCGUCGUUGGCCACGGAUUCGUGCUGGACAACUACAAAUGCCAGUGUAGGAGAGGCUUCUACCACCCCAGCAGAGUGGUGCUCAACAGCUUCUCUAAGGCCCACGAGGGUCCCCACAGUGAUGAAGAGCCGGAGGUGUCCGGGAGGUGCCUGCCCUGCCGCGAGGGCUGUGCAUUCUGCCGGGACGACACGCCCUGCUUGGCGCAGGAGGAUGGUAUCCUCCGUCUCGCCGUCGUCUCCUCGCAGGGCCUCUGCGUGCUGAUGACCUUUGGCACUAUGGCAACGGUCUACCACUACCGACGGAAUAAGAGAAUUAAAGCCUCUGGUCUUAUUCUAAUGGAAACCAUCCAGUCUGGAGCUGUGCUUCUCUAUCUUCCUGUGAUGAUACUUUACUUUCAUCCAAGCGUGUUGCGAUGCAUUCUGCUGAGAUGGCUGCGCCUCUUGGGCUUUGCAACCGUGUAUGGAACAGUGAUUCUCAAACUGUACCGGGUGUUGAAGGUGUUCCUGUCGCGUACAGCUCAGAGGGUCCCAUACAUGACAAGCUGGCGCGUGUUGCGGCUGCUGGGCGCCAUCCUGCUGGUGGUUCUCUGGUUCCUUGUGGCCUGGACUUCGGCCAUGUGCCAGAGCCGCGAUGCCCACCUUGCCCUCAUUGCCGUGGGGGUGACGCCAGAUGGCCUUCAGUUCAGCAUGUGCCUGCUCGACUGCUGGGACUACAUGAUGGCUGUGGCGGAGUUCCUCUUCCUGCUAUGGGGCGCCUACCUGUGCUACGCCGUGCGAACUGUGCCCUCCGCCUUCCACGAGCCACGCUACUUGGCAGUCGCCAUCUACAACGAGCUCCUCAUCUCAGCAAUCUUCCACAUCAUUAGGUUCUCACUGGCUCCUGGACUGCAUCCAGAUUGGAUGCUUAUGUUAUUUUUUGUCCAUACUCAUUUGACUGUGACAGUGACACUUGGCUUGCUACUUCUCCCAAAGUUUCUAUCCUCUGGGACUCACAUGCAGGAGGAUAUCACUACCGAGCCCUAUGAGGAGGAGCUGGACAUGGGUCGAUCUGGCUCCUACCUGAACAACAGCAUUACCUCUGCCUGGAGCGAGCACAGUUUGAACCCUGAGGACAUACGAGAGGAGUUAAAGAAGCUCUAUUCUCAACUAGAGAUCUACAAGGGGAAGAAGAUGCUGGCCAACAACCCUCAUUUGCAGAAAAAGCGUAGCUCCAAGAAGGGCAUUGGACGCUCGAUCAUGAAACGCAUUACUGAAAUCCCCGAGACAGUGAGUCGUCAGUACAGCCGCGAGGACAGGGACGUCAGUGAACAUGGCAGCAAUCGCAGCACCCUGCGUGGAAACCUGUGUGAACCUCCCCACGGUGGCAAGUCCAGGGAAGAAUCCUUGAAGAGCAAGGUAUUCUCUCUGAAGAGAUCCCAUAGCUACGACCACACAUGCGACCAGGGGGAGGGCGCAAACAGAGCUCCUGCUGGCAAAACGGAGAGCCUGACCAGCGAGAUGUCUCUGCUGGACACUCUGAUGGGCAGAAGGUCUACAAAGAAUAACCCUGAGGUGCCCAAAGUUGAACCUGCUGAAUCUGCCGAGUCCGUCCCCCUGGUAUGCAAGUCAGUCAGCGCACACAACCUGGCAGCAGACAAGAAGCCUGUGCACCUCCGAACUUCAAUGCUGCAGAAGUCUCUGAGUGUCAUUGCCAGUGCCAGGGAGAGGACAUUGGGUCUUGCAGGGAAGACCCACAGCAUCGAGGAUGCUAGCAAAAAGGGGCUCAAGGCCAGAGACACCAGGAUGCUCUCAGGAGUGGAUGAAUCCCCUGAAGGUUUCCCAAAGAUGAUCAUUAGCCAGUCGGUUGAGUACACCAAGACUGCGGGCAAAAUGGGGAUCAUGAAACAGCAGGUGAGUGGAAGUCAGCCUUCCAUUUGCUCCGAACCAAGCAGGAGCAAGGACCUGUAUGACCUUUCUGAGGUUUGCCCAUGGGAGAUGGAGGAACUGGCCACUCUGUCAGAGGGGAAAAGCCAAAAGCAUGUCUCCAUCGCCCCAAAUGAGAGCACCACAGUCCAUGGGAGUGUCUCCAAACGUGGACGGUCUCAACACAGACAGAGGACAGUGGUCCAGUCACUGUCAAAUCGUCGCCGCUCCAGAGACAAGGGUGGCAGUAGGGAGGAAGGGUGCGACAGGCAUGAAGGAAGGAAACCCAGAUCACCCCUUAACCUGAUGGCCCACAAAGCAGAUGUGUGUCCUUGGGAAUUCGAGGACACGCCUUCCAAAGCAAUAGAGUCUGCAGGUCUGUCCCCUGAGAGGACCAGACGCAAGAAAAGUGUCACUCCCACAGAUGGAAAUCCCAAAAUUAUCCUCUCAGACAUCUCGAAGUCCACUGGAAGCCUUCUGCAACCCCCAGCAUUAAUGGUGGACAUUUGUCCUUGGGAAUAUGAUCAAUUACCAUCCCCUAGCCAGGAGAAAACCUCUAGCCCCACACAGCAGUCAAAGAGAAGGGACUCUGGCUCAAAAAGGAAAGGUUCCUGCUCAUCUAAGGGUAAAGGCAAGGUUAAAGAGGACAGUGGGCAAAUAUGCAAAAGCAGGGAGAGAAGAAGUUCUUCAGGCAGACCUUCAGAGAAACGGCGGAUCAGCCAAACAUCAGAUAGUGGCCAAGUUACCAUGACAGCAUCUGGCAGGAGGAGAAGCUCGACACGAGAGGCUGAGAUAACUGAUAGUAAGCCUGCUGAAGUGUGCCCCUGGGAGAGCGAGUGCGUGCCAAGUGUCACCUCAAAGGACCAACGCUACUCAGCAAGGGAUAACUACACAGCUUCUCAAACAACAGCAGCCAGUAAUGUCAGCAUGGCGGAGGUGUGUCCUUGGGAUUUUGACGAGUCAUUAGAAAAUAGCGCAUGACACGUUUGCACAUUAUAUUACACACAUUAUAAGGAUAUUUCAUUAUUCUUGAAAAGCUCUACUGAGUCUGUCCCUGUGAUAACUGAAGGUCAUGGAAGGUCAUGGUUUGUGUAUCUGAGGAACUGCCUUCUGUUUACUCUUGAUUGAUUCUUUUUUUUUUUUAAAGAAAAACAUGAUUCAUUCAGAAAUAUUACGUUGCUAAAUAUCUUUGUGUUGUGUUUAUCAACAUGUUGCAUCAUAAACACUUGAAACAAACUCCUAUUAUUGUCACUUUGUUGACAUUCCUUUUGAGAUAUUAAUUGAGAUAUAUUAAGUUAUUGAUUCAAGCUCAGACCAUUACAAGCCAAUAUGGAAGUGUUUGAGCAUGUUGUUUAUAAUUAUACUCUCUAAACAGCAAAGCAAUUUUAGGGGCCUUUAGCUUUAUAUUGAAUCUUGGGUAGGGUCACCGUGUUGUUGCACUUAUGUCACAAUUUCCAUUUAAAUCUAAAGCUGCUUCCAUUCCAACCAAGCAAACAUGAACAAACUCGAGAUGGUGUUGAGAUGAUGGUUUUUGGGAAGUCUCCAAAAUGAGACCCCAUCAUUGGUCCUUCAGGCUUGGACUAAUAGCAGACUGAUGCUAUGUUUGGAAUAGUUCAUGUGCAUACCCUAUAGCUCAGAGAAGAAUUUAUGUAGUUCACUAAGUCAGAAUUGGCCAGUCAAACAAAGCAGCAGUUUAGGAUUAAUGAAUGCAGUGGAUUUGACAGCUGAAGGCUUUGACCAGCUAGCAGUUAACAUCAAGUGACUGAGGAAAAAACUUCAUGGCUAUAGAGCAAAUUAAAUUAGCUACAUACCCACAAGAUAUCAUGUUUAAAUUGGCAAAAAUGGAACGAGUUAAGCCCCUAAAAUUAGUCAUAUUUUAAGUAGCCUCAUUGCCUACUUAAUUGAAUGUGCCAUUUUCAGAGUUUACAAAUUAUGACUCCUCUUUUUUUGAUUCAACACCUCUAUGUUGAAUAUGGUUUAUCUGUACAUUACAAUCUGCAGGGAACUUUACUGCCUAACAAUUUGAACACCAAUACACAAUGGCUUACAGUCUAUACAGUGCAUCUCUUCAGCAGGGAACGAUUCCAAACACAUCCUGAGAUGCUAUGUUCAGUAUGCCUCAACUUUACUUGUAAGCUGUUUGAUUGAAAAUUACAUUGCAAAACACAAGAGCAAAAUAUCUGAAAUAUCAGAAUAAUGAAAAGUUCUUACCGUUACAAAUUAAGUGCUUAUUAUUUUAUUGAAAUUAAACAAAAUGUAAUACACUGUGCACAAUAUACAUUUUUGUUUCAUUAUAAAUAACUUUUGGUAACAAAAGUAAUCUAGUAGCCUCAACAUUUGAUCAUUUCUUUUAUGUAACCAAAUAAUUAUUACAUCUUUAAAACAACCUGGUGAAUAUCUGGAAAAUGUCCACAUUUGCUUUUCCCAUAAUAGACUGAACAUUUUAUUUAUGCUCAAAAAUUAUUCCACAUAACAGAAAAAAAUCUUCAAAGGUGAAAUAGUGUCAAGUACUUUUAAUAUUCUUCAAUGAGUAUUUAGUGGCAAAUAAGGACAAAGAAAUAUUUGUGGAAUAUUUGUUAAUGUUGAUUAAGGAACUGCAUGAAUGCACUGAUUUGUUGUGCUGUUGUUGAUACAGUAUUGCUUUACCUCUUACUCAGCAACGUCUACUUGAAUACUGUGAUGUGGUGAUUUUUGCAUCAGUAUGAGUUACUGUAAUAACAUGUGUCCUCCAACCAGUGAUUGCUGUAUGCUAGUUACAGUGGCUUCUGUAUGACAGUGAAUCUGUAGGUCUGUCUCUCUGCAUAGCACACAAAAUCCCUGAUCUUUUGGACUAUUAAGAGACUCCCUUGAGUGUCCAGUGGAAAAGAUCCUUUCCUAUUGUGGCAUAUCCUAAAUAGCAAGCUGUUGCAUCUAGCCUGAGCCCAUCCUAUUGUCAAAUUAAUAUUGUACUCUUCUGUGAUGGUAUGGACAUGAA